UCUAGCCAACAAAGUCAGUGUAAUCCCAAAAAGUAACUCUUCCAACCUCUGUGGUUGCUCUUCAGGAAUGGGUUUAUCCUUGGCAGACUGUAGUACCAUAAAGGCGGAGCAUUGUUAGCUCAAACGACAUAGUGGGCAAACACGGCAAAACUAGUUUUCCUAGUCAAAAAGCAAGAUAGCAAAAAUUCCGAGGUCAGGAAGAAUGUAAUCUCCUUUUCUUAAUCAGCAAAAUUGAGUCGCCCUGCCAUUUCUUCCAUUCGUGGGAGGAUUUUUUAAAAGGUCAGCUAAGGUUGCUAUGUCUGCUUGGGCACUCAGGGUGACCAUAUGGUGUGGAAGGUGCGACCAGAGAGCCGCUCAGGCACGCUGCCUCCAGUCAGCAUAUUUGCCUUGAGAGUCAGGAGCAUAUGCCCGCUGCAUAAAUCACUCGAGGUUGAAAACUCCCGUUCCGACCCUUCUCGCUCCUCGGUUCUGUCGAUACUUGCAUGUGUAACACCUUUCCGAGGUGAGGGAAGGACUUUUAAUACCGGCAGUAGGAGUCUCCGAUAAAGGCUGUGACAAAAAUCGCAAAAUCGUGCUUGGUAAAACUGAACAGCAUGUCCCUUUUUUGCAAACGGAAUUUUAAACAAUCAACCAACCUGCCGGUGAAUCCCCACGUGGGAAAACAAAUUGCGUAAGUGAAGGAGAGUAGAAAAGUUCUCGCGCGCCUUUCUGUGAUUGGUUGCCGUUGCGCUCGGCUCCCCUUUCCAUUCGUUGAAGAUUCCAGCCAUCCCCGCCUCCCGAUUAGUUUAUUAUCCGCGCCCAGCGCGGCUAUUUCAUCCUCUGGCUAUUUGGCCCCGCCCAGACGCGUGGAGGGGGUUCCGAGUAAACAUCAUCCUUUUUUCUAAUUGGUUAAGCCUUCCCCAGUCCUGUGGCUCGCCUUCCUAUUGGCCAGCAUCGCGUGCUUUUGGAAUCUUCGUAAAAACUAAAGGAAUGCGAAGGAGCGCACGCGGUGGAAGUGGCGUCUGGCACAAUCAGAUAAGGAGGGGCGGGGCCUGGGGGGGCCCGUAGGAGAUUUAAAAAGCUGGCCGCUGGUGUCGGCCGCUUCCUGUUUAACUGGCCAUGCUUUUGGCGCAAGGUCCCCUUUGCUACCAGAAUCCCGAAGGAGGGUCUCUGGCCCCCGAUGACGCCGCCUCCGCUGAAGAAGAGCCUCGUUGCUUGGGGAAGGCGACCUUGGAGACGCGCUACCGCCUGGGAGCCUUAAUCGGGAGCGGCGGCUUCGGCAGGGUGUAUGCAGGGACGCGGCUCAGCGAUUCUCUCCCGCCACCCCUUAGUCCUAUGAAGAAGAUUAAUGUGCAGCCUGGGAACAAGAAGUGUAGUAUUUCGAUUCCAAUGCAGUACCUUUGGGCCUGUUAUCACCUGCUCUUUUUGGUUCUUACAGGUACACGGGUCUAUAGUCCCCCUGAAUGGAUAAAGUAUCACCGGUACCAUGGCCUCCCGGCUACCGUGUGGUCCCUGGGAGUGCUGCUGUACGACAUGGUGUGCGGGGACAUCCCUUUUGAACACGACGAGGAGAUCCUUCUUGGGAAACUCCACUACCACUGCAGAAUAUCCUCAGACUGCGGUCACUUGAUUGAGUGGUGUCUCUCGCUUGCCCCCGAGAAGCGACCUUCCCUGGAGCAGAUCCUGGCCCACCCCUGGCUCCUUGGGAUUUUGGAGCAAAACGGACGCAAAGGGCAACAGUCGGCGGUUUCGAAAGCUGGCACUAGCCUGUGACUGUGGUGGCCUCUGGACAGCCUUGGUGGGGUGGGAGGUGGCCACGGAGUGGACAAAGAGCUCUUGGCUUUUCCUGCAACCACCUCUCUGAUGUAAUCACUGUCUCUUAUUCCUGCUGAUUAGCUGAGCGACUGCCCCUGGCAAAGGAGCAGCGAAUGGGGGGCAACUCCAAGUGACCUUGCCAACUAGUUAGACAGUGGGGCUGGCAUUCAGUCCCUACCCAAGACAAUAGAGACCAAUGGGCACUCUUCUGUUUACAUGAGGACUUUUCCUGCCCCUUCCUUUGCAUUAGUAAAGGGGUACAAGACUGGCAUCAAGCAAAGUGGUGUUUAAUGGGCCCCAGUGUUGGCUCCACUCCUUCUGUACCCUUGGAUCAGUAUUGGAAUCUCACAGGAUAUCCUUGAGGCAGCAGAGUUGGGUUCAUGUUUUAACGCAAUAUGGAAAAGGUGGCGUUUCUGCAGGUGUCAGCUUGUUAUUUAUUUAGGAUGGUAUUCCUAUGGGAACCCUUGUUGCUUUCUCUUGUGUUAAUGCUAAACCUCUGCUUGCCAUCGGUUUGGUCAUAGAAACGUUUUCUCCAGUCCACCCAGGGAGUGGAUGCCAUCAUGCAGGGCUGGGGAACACCUGGCGCUCCAGAGGUGGAUGUAGUGACUCUCCCAUUGUGCCUCUCCAUUGGCCAGGCUGGCUAAGGCUGAUGGGAAUUAAAGUUCAGCCAUAUCUGAAGGGCCAAGAGGUUCCUCUGCUCUGAUGUGAUAGAGACUGUACUGUUUCUUCCUCCUCAUCGCAUAUUUCCAUUUCUGUUCGUUCAUUCCAAGUGUGAACCCGCCUUUCCAGUCUUUUCUUCCCCUUCAGCUAGUUGUAAGGUUUAGGGAGUUGGGGGGAAAAAAAUAAAAGAACAAGAAAGAGGGUCUAGGACUCAUAAAAAAAAGUACACAUAAAAUGAAAAAUAAAUGGAUAAAUCCCAAGGGUUUUUUUUUUCAGUUGAGUUUGAAGCAAACAAAAUCCUCUUUUGUUCAGCUCUAGACCAUUAUGUAAGCUACAGCUUAGGUUGAAGGCAAUCCAAGGGAGAUUCUGGAGUUUCUGAAAGCACAGGCUAAAUAUUUGGGUGCUACCAGCCCAUAGCAGCCUGAACUGAUCCUGUUACUGUCAAGAUUUCAUUUUGGAGUGCUCUGUGGAAGUCUUGUGUCUUCUUACAGUUCUUCUUGGUCAUGGCCAGUUCCUAAGAAAGCUUGAACAUGGAUUUGUUCUUGUAAGCACUCUCAUAUCCCCAUUUGAUCUUACUCUGCCCAAAUGUUGAGUUUACAACUACAUUUUAGGUUUCAUUCACAACAAAAGAUGCUUGGAGCCACUGAAUUCCUCUUCCCCCCCCCAUCCCUGGCCCCACAAUCUGAAUUGUUCUUUUCCUUCACCUAUUGAGUGUUUCUACCCACUCCACCCCCAUUUUGCUUUGGACACUGGAAAGACAAUAGGAAGUCAUGGGAUCGGCCCUCAAUCUAGGGUGUAUGUAGCCUCUUAGAUCAUGGGUAAGGGAACCUUCGAUCUUUCAUGACGUUUUGGAUUUUGGCUCCAAGCCCCCACCCCAAGUGUACCCAAUGAGAUGGGAUUCUGGGAAUUGGAAAUCAAAAUGCAUGGAAAGCAAAAAGUCCCCACCCACCAUGUGUUAAUUCAUCUGCAAUAACUGGGUUACAGUGUUCUCUUGUCUCUUAAUGGAGGGACGUUAUUUGAAGGGGAUGAGAUGGCAAAGAUCUACUAGCUCUGUAAACUGGUCCUAGGAAGGGUUCAGAUUUUGUUAUUUUCAAUGCGUUGUCAAGAUUUCUUAGUGAUUUUUGAGAUUGGGUGGGGAAGACAGCUCUUUUCUUGACUACAUCUCCUAUUGCUGUAGAAGUUCAAUUUCUGUUACAAUAGGAGAAGUGCAUACGGAUCCUAUAGGGAGUUACCUGAUUGUGCUUAAGAGAGAUGGAGAUGCAUUCUGUUCUUCAGGCAGGCUUUAUGCUUAUAUCUCCUGAGCAGGGCUCUGUAGCUUUUGGCCAGCCUUGGUAAGCAAGCCAGAAGGUGUCCCCCAGGCUCCAGAGUCUCGGAAGAGGACCCUGCUUGAUGUCACCCUGGGUUCAAAACCCAGAGUGAUUAGGGGUUUGAAGAUGAUACCUUCUUCCCCAGUUCUGGGUUGGGAAAGGAAGGAGAGCUCACUCCUUCUGCACAAAUUCUGGAAGCUAUGAACUAUCUCCAAGCUAAUGUCUCCAAGGUUUUCUGUGGUAUCAAAGAUACUUUGGAAUAAGAUUUUGUCUAAUGGCUUCCGUGCCUGGGCUAAAACAUACUCAGCAGGGCAGUGUGGCCAGUGCAUUUAUGUAUCCCUCCAUUUCUACCAGGCCAAUACUCUAGUGAGUUGUGUUGUCUUAAAAUGCCUGUCUGUUCAACAUAGGUUUUCUAAUGUUCUGUCUCUAAGAUACAUCCAAGCAGAGUCUGGGGUGCAAGAGAAGGGUAGUGGGGGGUUCAAUAGGUUACGACAACGAGAAUCCAGCCUGGGAAAAUGCCAGCAUCAGUUUCUUAGCCUGCUGCCUCUGGCAACAUAACUGAAGAAUAUUUCUAUGCCAGUUGAGGAUUUGAUUUUGUAUUCAUGAAUUUGUGUGUGUGUUGUUGUUUUUUUUGUUCUGUUACUGCAUCCUGUGCACAUUUGUGCAAACCACAUAACACAGUGCCUCGCCCGUUUGGGCUCCAGCAUUUACAGAACUCCUUUCUGGGAUUAAAUAAACUUUUAUAAGAAAAAAACA